AGUGCAUGCCACUGUAAUCGUCACCAUGGGCUAUAAGUGCAGUAUGAGAAACGUCUUCUCAUGAAUGGGAUACUGUAUGGCUGUGAAGUACAUGUAUGAUUAGCUACAAAGUAAACCAAGCUAGAUGUCAAGCCGUAUGUCAUAUUCUGUCACCGAGAUGACUGCAGGUGUCAACUGAAAUUGGUCGUCAGAUGCUGUCAGGUGAUCGUCACAUUGCUGCUACUCCACAUGACUGAGCACCGGUGCUCUCUUUCUCCGACUUACACACACUGCUGCGAGCUCAUUAUUUCUCUGUAUAAACGCUACAGUGGUGAUGUGUGGAAGAUUGAGACCGGUCCAGCCCCAAACCUUUGACACACUCCGCCUGUAUGCGAUACUUCUCCUUCAAUCAAUCAACACUGUGACCUGCAUGAAUAUCAGGACAGCACUGGGUUUGCAUUGCCUACAACUUACACUACAUUGUGACAUUGAACCAGGGGAGUGCAGGUAGCUCUGCUGUAUCCCAGGAGAAGAUUUUGAGUUUGAACAAUGCAGUGGUGCGUGGUUCUAGCUGCUGCUAGCUUCCUGCUGGCAUCAGCACGUGGUAGAUCUGUAGAGGUUCAGAGAGGAAUGUCAGAGAGUGCUACUGGUUCUGCUGCUGCUGCUGCUGCAACACAGUACUAUGUCUCAACCAGUGGCAGUGACAGCGGUGAUGGAAGUCAGGCACAUCCAUUCCGUACCAUGACACGUGCACAGACGGCAGUGCAGGCACUGAAGAAAGCACACAACGGUCAUGUGCCUGCUCCAGGUGUUGUUGUAAAUGUGGCCAGCGGUACUUAUGACUUCUCAGACGCACCGCUGCAGUUCACUAGUGAGGACUCCGGAGAAGCUGGAGCUAUUGUAACUUACCGGGGUUUGGAUACUGGUGCUGUAGUGCUGUCCGGUGGCAAGGCAAUCCCCACAUCUAGCUGGCAGUUCCACUCCACUGUAUCAGUACAGGCUAAUGCUGAUAGUGCUGAUAGUGCUAGUGAUGACAGUGUGCAUGGCAAACAACAGCAUGCUGACCAGCAUACACACAACGAUGGCUACCACCACCAUCACAAGGAUGACAAUGAUGCACGGUCUAUCAUGGAGGUGAUGGGCAUACCUGACCAAGCAUCCACGCCGGAGAGGACGGAGAAGAGUGCUCCUCACCGGGUCUCUAAGAGGCACACAGGUGCUGGCAGCCUGACUGUGGACAUAAUGAAGGUGAACCUGAAGAAGCUCAACAUUACCAAUUAUGGAGAUCUUGGGUCUGGUCAGUUGGGUAAUUGUGCUAAUAACAAACUGGAGGCAUUCUAUGCUGGAAAGCCUCUCGUCCUGGCGCGUUAUCCCAACAUUGGUAGCGAUGGGAAGCCGCAGUUCAUGAAUAUUGCCAAGGUUAUCAACAGCAACACUGAGUUCCAGUACAAAGACUCCAGGCUAUCUGCAGUGAAGAAUGCUAGUUCAAUGUGGCUACACGGCUACUGGGGGCAAGACUGGGCCGAUAACUACGUACGUGUUGUCAAACUCGACGGCGCCGCAUCCACUGUCACCACGGAUACCAAGACACCACCAGUGUAUGGAUAUCACAAGCCGGCACGGUUCUACGCAUUAAACAUCCUCGAGUUUCUUGAUUCACCUGGCGAGUACUAUCUUGACCGCGACACUGGAAUCCUCUACUUCACAUUACCAUCAGAUGCACGUGAGGAUGGAGAGCUGACAGUUUCCAUACAGCCCACUGUGGUAUCUCUAAAGAAUGUGUCCUUCCUGACACUGGACAACCUCAACGUUAUGCACAGUAGAUCACUGGCUGUGGAGAGUGAUAGCACUGUAAACGUGACAUUCUCUAACACUGCUAUCGUAGGCCAUGGUGGAAGAGCGUUGAGCGCUAGUGGUGCAGUACAGACACUGAUACACAACAUAACUGCUCACGGUAUCGGAUGUGCGGGACUGUCACUGGAAGGAGGGGACCUGCACUCACUGACACGUGGAAACUCCACAAUGCAGUACUGUACCGUGUAUGACUUUGCUCGCUGGAAGAGAACCUACAAUCCCGGUGUUUCAUUCGGUGGUGUCGGCAAUGACUACCUACACAACACUAUCCAUGGAGGCCCACAUUCUGCCAUGCUUGGAUCGUGCAAUGACUGUCUAUUCGCUUACAAUAACAUUUCCAACAUGUGUUUUGAGUCGACUGACACCGGUGCUUUCUACACGGGACGUAGUUGGAUUCGUCGUGGCAACGUGAUGCAUAACAAUAUCUUCUCUCACAUACGAACAACGGAGCACACCGUUCUUGGUGCGCCGUCUGUGCAGGCUAUCUACCUGGAUGACCAGAUGAGUGGCUAUCAUAUCUAUAAUAACACAUUCAUCGACUGCCAGAAGGGGACGUUUAUUGGCGGUGGCCGUCGCAACCUUGUUCACGAUAACUACUAUGAGAAUUGUGAUGCGGCUGUACAUAUGGAUGCCCGCGGUCUCGGCUGGCAAAAGACUAGUUGUCAGAAGAGCGGAUCCUUCUUCCAAGAGAUGGAGUCAGUGCAUUACGACCAGCCACCUUGGUCUACUCAUUAUCCAGAGCUGCUUACUAUCUUCAGUGAACACCCCUGCUAUCCAGCAUUCUCUGCUUUUACCAAUAAUGACUACUGCAAGUGCAAAAAAUUCGCUGAUGUCUCCACCGAGCAAAUCAGCAAGUGGUUCGGGACGUCUUCCAACAAUGUGGAGAAAUGCCGCUGAGCAUUGAAAACAUCCUUUCCGCUACUGCUGCUAUGCAUGCGCAUGUGUGCAUGGAGACAGCUCCACUGUCUGCCGCCUGGUUUGCAUAUUGCUGCAGCCUCUCGUGCAUUAUUGAAGUAUAUGACUCGUCUUCACAUAAGCUGCUGAUUGUGGCAUGUGUUCUGAACUUCUGAUACAGCGUUCACAACUGCUCAUAGUGUGAAUAAUCAUGAACGUUUUUGCUGUAGAUGUACAGUGCAAUCCCAUCAUUGUGAACACAUGUAUUCACUUUAAUAUUUGAAAUUGUUCCGGAGCCGUUCCCUUCAAGAAUCUGCGGUCACACAUUCCGCGGUUUACCUAGGUUUCUGCGAAUCUAUGGAAACCUGGCGAUUUUCUUCAUUUUUCAAUGAUUUUCAGCGGAUCUAUGAGCCUGCCCGGCUGGAAGGCUGUAUUAUACCGAUACAGUGCCCGGCCGGAAGGCUGUAUUAUACCGAUACAGUGCCCGGCCGGAAGGCUGUAUUAUACCGAGAUACAGUGCCCGCAUUCUGUGCACGUACACAACAGUGAACCUCACCAUUGUCACCAUUGUAAGGCGCAAACCGGUGGCUGGAUGUCGUGCAUGGUCGACAAUAUCGUGCCCGUGAACUGUUUUUUUGUCUCAAGGACUGAACUUUGAUUCACGCAGCUACAUGUACAGUCGAAUGUCACUUA